GAUGGUUUGAUUUUCUCAGUUCUGCUCGGUGAAGAAUCGAUGGCUUCAGAUUUUGCGAUCACCAGCUGAACAUGACAGGCUCUAGGUUUCCUGCUAUGUUAGCCUCUCGGACCAGCUACGUCGACAUAUAUCACGAAGCUGUUUCUAGCUUCUGCAUUCUUCUGCUUCUUCGUUCGUGCUUGCUCUCCGGCCAGCCACCUGAAGGCGCCAUUGUACCAGAUUGUCUGUUCAGCGGCUGUAAACCAUGUUCUAUUCCAACUCCUUGCUCUCGAGGAAAAGUCCUUUGGGCCAAAUAUGGAUCGCCGCUAUGAUGCAAGGAAGCAUCAACCGGAAGAAGGCUGCACUUAUCGACAUCCGUGACAUAUGCGCGAGGAUUCUUGAACCUGAACUCCCCCUUGCCCUCCGUCUCUCGGGGAUUUUGAUGGGCGGCGCAGUCAUUGUGUAUUCCAAAAAGGUCACGUUUCUUUUGGAAGAUGCCAAAGCUUUCAUGGCAAAGAUCAACGCGGCCCUGGUUGUGAAACGAGAUGACAAGACGCUCCCUAGAGAGAAAGGCCAAGCGAGGUUGGUUUCUAUCCUAUAGAGACGAGCUGUAUGUGUUCUCAUGUUCGCAGCUAACCACAAGUGUUACAGAUUUGAGAGUGUUACGGUCGACUACCAAUUUGGUAGUUUCAAUGUGGACGUCACUCUUGAUUCUGGUCCUGGGCCUGGUGACCAGAACAAUGUAAGAUGGUUUCACACUUGGCUUGUAAGCAAGGGUUCAGCAUCCAUAUAUCCUAAGCUCGAAUGCCUUUUCAGGAGUUUUUCGUGCUACCUCAACCAGAAGUUGCACGUGAUGGACGAAAUGAACACACUUUGGCCACACCUGCUGACAUAACACUUCCGGAGUUACAACAUGACAACAAGGGCUUCACAAGGUGAGUUGUCAUCUUGUAAAAUCAGCUACUCCUUGGCAGAUGCCUUGAUUUGAGAUACUUCUGCAGGUUUGGGGUUGAUGAUCAGCCACCAAUGACAUUCCAGGACGAAGGUGCUUCUGAUACUAUGUGGCAAGACAUCUUGAAGGGCAUGAAUUCACCGAAGCCGAGCACGCCAAAAGGGCCUCAACUUGAGACCAUUAUUGAAGAUCAGCAAGAAGCAGGUCAACCUCAAAAUGUUCGGGACCAGACUGCUGCGCCUGAGUCGCCUGAACAAAAUGAGCCGCCAAAGCGAGCAAGGCAGAUUAAAAGGAAGGCGAGGCCAAAGAAAAUUGUCAUGGAUGAGGAUAGGACAGAGGUACCACCAAUGGAAUUCAACCGAUGGCUGCAAGACACUUCAAAAAUUACUGGAAGAGUGAAGAAGGUAUGACAGGAUUGUGGACCUUUUCCAGUCUGUGAACUGUUUCUAACAAUGCUGCCCAUUCCAGGAUCGGAAGGCCCUAGUAGAGAAGUCCGUUGACUCUCUCAUUGACUUUCCCUUGACUGGAAGUAUCACCAAGGACGGAUUCGUAACAUCCAGGUGGUCCAAAAGCAUGUUGCGGACGUGGAACAGAUAUGUACGGAAGGACACAUUCAGAAGCAAUCCUGAAGCAGAUGAGAUGCAUGCCCCAAAGAAAGCUCGUACAGAAAUUGGGAGUGACAAGGACCCUGAGAUUGAGCCGAAUCAGGCCAUGCUUGAAGAUUUUGGGUCUGCUGAAGCUAUGAGAGAAAGAAAUGAGACCCCUGUGGCGGCAGGCAAUGGCUUAAGACAUGAUGACGUGACUCCGCCUGCUCAAGGGUUAUUGGAUCUUGAACGAGCAAAGAACUCUUCUGGUGGUGUACCUCUUCCAAUGGAGGAGGAAAACCAACGAGGCUGCUUUAGGGGAAACCCUUGUGAAAACAUAGCGGACUUCUUGAUGGAAAACUCGCCACAGAUGCCCCAGAACCUGGCAGAUGAUUUACCUGCUCAAUUUCCUGGACGGAGUGCUGAGAAGUAUUCCUCCAAGCAUAGCAGCAGCGGACUGCGAGGCGCUUUGAGUCAGUUCGGUGUGUCAGAGCCCCUGCAAGAAACAGAUGCAACCCAGACAGUUUUCCCUGCAACUUCCAUUGACAGAAGGACAGCAUCACUGGCUGGAUUCUUCCGCCAGCAAGUCUUCAGCAACCCAGAAAUCAAAUUUGCAUCGCUCCAUGAACUCCUUGCAGACUGCAACAGGCAGCAGGCAGCUCGCAUUUUCUACCAAACAUGUGUUCUUGCAACAAUGAACUACCUGAAAGUCAAGCAAGCCUCCCCGUACAGUGAUAUUCAGAUUCUUGCGGGAGGGUUUCUAUGAGAACCUCCGCUCUGCACUUCCAUCACAUUCAUGUAGACUUAUCAUUGUAUUACUUGCAUUAUAUGACUAGAUUCAGGAAAAUCAUACAGACCCCUUCCACAUCCUAACGA